ACAGCAAUAACAUAAAUACACUCCCCAAAAUCAUAUCUACGCUUUUUACUCUGAAGUUUUAAAUCGAUUUGAAGCAAAAAUGAAGCACCUGGUUUUUUCACUCGUUUUGUGCUUUGUCAUAGCCUUAGCAUCAUCUGAAAUCCCGAACUACCGUUUUUAUAAACAAUACUUCAUACCGAAUGGUGGGCAACCGCAAGUUGUUGCAGGUGGACAACCUGCAAAUGAAGGUGGACAGCAGCCAAAUUAUUAUGGAGGUGGACAGCAGCCAAAUUAUUACGGAGGUGGGCAACAACAUGUGAAUUAUCCACAAGGUGGAUACAAUCCAAAUUAUUAUUAUGGAGGUGGACAGCAGCCAAAUUAUUAUAAUGCAGGUUGUAAACAAGUAUCUUGUCACUCUUAUUGCACUAUCGGAAGACGUGAUGAUGGAUGUCCGGAAUGCAUAUGUAUUCAAAACUAAAAGGUGAUUAAAAUUUCGAGCGGGAGUUGAUUUACAGCUGUAAGCUCCUUCUGAACCACGAAAUAAAUUUAUUUAAAUAUUUCUGAAUGUUUUCUUUUUAUUAUCACAAAUAAAAAUGUUCUUAUCCUGAA